AUGAUACACUUACAGUUGGAGCAAUUUCUAUACGCAAAUCGAGAGUCUGUAUUGGACAUCGGAGUUGAGGAAUGUUCACCACCUCAUCUCUUCACCGAUAAUCUCUUGGAUUCACUUCUUCCAGGACUGAAAUGUGUUCGCUUAUGGAAUAACCGGAAAUCAGGAAGAUAUGCGAUCUCGGAUACAACGAUUUAUAAAAUAGCAAGGUAUAGUGGAUUCACUUAUAAAUAG